GAGGUGGCCACUGCGUCAGCGCUGUGUCCAUGAGCCGGGUUGAAGAUGGCGACUGGAGGAGUCCUUCAGAGAGUCAGCGGAGGUUUGGCCCGGGUUACAGGCAGCAGGGCCCGCGGCUGCGGACAGCUCGUCUUCUGGAGCAGGAGGGGGUUUGCAACAUCAAAUAGCAGAAACAGAGAGGACAGCUGGUUCAAGUCUCUGUUUGUGAGGAAAGUUGAUCCACGCAAAGACGCACACGCCAACCUGCUGACCAAAAAUGAGGAAAGUAACCUCUACAAGAUUCAGUUUCAUAAUGUGAAGCCAGAGUGCCUGGAUGCAUACAACAAGCUGUGUGAGGAUGUUCUGCCCUCCAUCCAUGCUGAUAAGUACUACCCCUGUGAGCUGGUGGGAACCUGGAAUACCUGGUAUGGAGAACAAGACCAAGCUGUUCAUCUGUGGCGUUACAGAGGUGGAUACCCUGCUCUGACAGAGGUGAUGAACAAGCUCAAACAGAACAAGGAGUUCACAGAGUACAGGAAGGCACGAGGCGAGAUGCUGUUGUCCCGCAGGAACCAGCUUCUCCUGGAGUUCAGCUUCUGGAACGAGCCUGUACCCCGAGAAGGUCCUAACAUCUAUGAGCUCCGGUCCUACCAGCUCAGGCCAGGAACCAUGAUCGAGUGGGGUAAUUACUGGGCCAGAGCUAUAGGAUACCGCCAACACGACAGCGAAGCCGUGGGAGGGUUUUUCUCACAGAUUGGCAACCUCUAUAUGGUUCAUCACCUCUGGGCUUACAAAGACCUUCAGUCCAGAGAAGACACGAGGAAUAAAGCCUGGCAGCACGACGGUUGGGACGAGGUGGUGUAUUAUACAGUUCCACUCAUUCAGCAUAUGGACUCCAGGAUUAUGAUCCCGACAAAGGCGUCCCCACUGAAGUGAAAGGAGAGCCAUGAAAACAAGUGGCACCCCCUCAAAUGAUAACAUCCAUCCAGAGCCAGGGUUCCAGCUUCCUGUCAGUGCUGCAGGACAACAUCCACUCACUUUUCUUCUCUUUACUUCAGGAUACCACUAGGUCAAAGGGGGCAGCCAUUUCUACUGUAUGUUUCACCUUAAAAUAGCCCAAGCCACUCGCUGCUCAUGAACAGGCACAUUUUGUUCAUGUUCUGGAGCAGAGUGAGCAAAUUUGGCCAAUUUAAACCUCCUGACGGUUGUAACAUCCACCGGCUUGUGCCACUUCAAACUGGUCCCCAAAGAGAGCUCAUCUCUCAGUUCAGAACCAACCAAAGUUACUUGAAGACUAGCGGCUGCAUGACGUGCAAGACCAGAUAUUUCUGCUGAAGUUUACUGCACAAUGCAGUGGCUAUUUAUUUAUUAAAUGUAAAUUAGAAAUAGCUACAUUAUCCACGGGUUUGCUGAGGAAGCGACAGUCUGACGUCAGCCAUGGUGACCUUGCUGCUGAGAGAAGUGACAGAAAGUCUCUGUAUAUUCAUGAAACUGUAUCUCUGUGGCAGGUUUGAUGUAUUAAAGUGUAAACAUUAGAAUGUUAUAAUUACAGUAUAUUAUACGGCACAUCAAACAUCAUUUGGGGCAAGCGGCCCUUUCAUUUUGCUUUUUCUGGAUGUUUCUAAUUUCCCUGCCACAGCAAUAUCAACAUCACAUUGUGCCAUGUUUGUAACUAUGGCCUCUACUUUUUUUUUUUUUUUUUUUCUUGUGAUGACAGAAUGCUGUUUUUUAAAAAUGUGAUUUCAGUUAUAAUAAAUCCUGAAAACAAAUAUCAAACUGUAA